AUGGACACGUGGCCUGUCUCCCACCCGCCCGGCUCCGUACCCAACCCAAAACCUCCCCGCCCCCAUUCUUCUUCUUUCCUCCGCAAUCCACAUCGACCGAUUCCUCGCAUUGCCACUUCUUCUCGAGUUUCCGCACCAUUGCUAGCUACAAUCUCACCGCCCCCUUCUCCUCUCCCGAUGUCCAGCACCGUGUGCUCCAUGUGCGGCGACGUCGGCUUCCCGGACAAGCUCUUCCGCUGCGCCCGCUGCCGCUGCCGCUCCCAGCACUCGUACUGCACCAACUACUACGGCGAUGCGGCGCCGUCCGAGGCGGGCGCCGGCGUGUGCGACUGGUGCCUCAGCAACGAAGGCGCCCCCGCCGCGAGGAAGAACCCGUCGCCCAUGCAGCAGCGCGCCGCGGCAACCGGGAUGGGCUGCGGCAAGCUCAAGGUGGCCGGCGGCGGCGAGCAGGAGAGCGGCCGGAGAGGCCCCAAGGUGGCUGUCCGGAGGUACAAGCUCCUCAAGGACGUCUUGUGCUGA